AUGGGUUGGGUGAAGGAGUCCCAGAAAAAGAAAAUCAUUAUUGGUAUCUUGGCUGUGUCAAUUGUUACCUUAAUCCUUGGUCUUGGACUCGGUCUUGGAUUGGAUUUGAAGAAAUGUCAAAAUAAAGUCAUCCCACACACAUCCUGCAGAAAUCGAUGCUAUGAGCCCUAUGAUGACGAGAUCCCCGGCUGCAGAUGUGACGAGAGCUGCAUCGCUAGCAGCAGCUGCUGCAAUGACUACCAUGACAUCUGCACUGUUCCAGCUGAGCAGUGGGACUGCACAAAACUCCGUUGUGGAGAGAAGAGGCUCAUGCAGAGCAGAUGUCACUGCUCCGAUGACUGCCUGUCUGCAGGAGACUGCUGCACAAACUACAAAAAUGUCUGCCAUGGAGAGAGAGAGUGGGUGGAGGAUGAGUGUGAGGACCUGUCGUCCCCUACAUGUCCAGCAGGCUUUAAGCAGCAGCCGCUACUCCUUAUCUCGCUGGAUGGACUGAGGGCUGAAUACAUGCAGACCUGGAGUACUCUCAUCCCUGUGCUCGACAAACUCAAGACGUGUGGAACCUCUGCUCCGUACAUGCAGGCAGCAUUUCCCAGCAAGACCUUCCCUAACCACUACGCAAUUGUUACGGGUCUCUAUCCAGAGUCAAAUGGUUUGAUUGACAACACCAUGUAUGACCCAGUGUUUGAUGCCACCUUCAGUCUGUCUAGUCCAGAGAAAGACAACCCUGACUGGUACCUCGGACAACCUGUUUGGCACACAGCAAAGUACCAGGGGCUGAAGUCUGGGACUUUUUUCUGGCCAGGGUCAGACGUCAAAAUCAAUGGCAGUUUCCCAAACAUCUACCAACCUUACAAUGGUAAAGUGCCAUUUGAAGAAAGAGUAUUCACUGUGCUGAAAUGGUUGCAGUUGCCAGAUGAGGAAAGGCCAGAUUUCUACACAUUGUAUCUGGAGGAGCCUGAUAAAUCUGGACACAGUUUUGGUCCUGUCAGCGGAGGGCUGAUUGAAGCACUCCAGGGUGUGGAUAAGAUCAUUGGUCAGCUCAUGAACGGCCUCAAGCAGAUCGGCCUACACCGUUGUCUCAACAUCAUCAUUGUGGCCGAUCAUGGUAUGGAAGAUACAAGCUGCAACAGGAAGGAGGUGCUACAGGAGCUGGUGGGAGACAUCAGCAACUACUACGUCACCGAGGGGCCAUUCGGACGGAUCAGAGCUAAAAACAAAGACAAAGUCUUGAACUCAGCUGGACUUGUUUCUAACAUGACUUGUAAGAAACCAGACCAGAAGAUCAAACCGUACUUGAAGGCCAACCUACCAAAGCGUCUUCACUUUGCCAACAGCCGUCGUAUCGAAGACGUCAACAUCCUGGUCGACCCAAAAUGGCUGUUUGAGAGAUAUCCUGGCUCUCUCACCUUCUGCUCUGGUGGAGCUCAUGGCUAUGACAACGAUGCUGAGAGCAUGCAUGCCAUGUUUGUCAGUUAUGGACCCAAAUUUAAGUCCAAAACAGCAAUUGAACCGUUCUCCAACGUCGAGCUAUACAAUCUCAUGUGUGACUUGCUGAAGAUCUCUCCCAGUGACAACAAUGGGACCCAUGGCAGUAUGAACCACGUCCUGAAGCAGGCCUACUACACACCGGUGCCCCCUGCAGAGCAGAGCGUGCCUGCUCUUUGUCAGCUGGUCAGCCUUGAGCCUGCAGACAGCCUGGGAUGCUCCUGCCUUGCCCUGAGUGGAAAUGCCAUCAAUAGCCGUCUGAAUCUGACCACAGAAGAGCAGUCCGCAACAGAGAAGAAGCACGUGCUAUUUGGUCGUCCCCGGAUGCUGCAGCCUGACCAGAGUUACUGCAUCCUCUACCAGGAGGGAUUCAUCAGCGGCUAUAGCUCCAAAGCUCUGAUGCCUCUGUGGAGCUCCUUCACCGUCGAUAAACCGAUGAGCUUGGACCCACUAUUGCCAGUAACACCAGACUGUUUGAGGGCUGAUGUCAGACUUCCAGCAUCCAAGAGCCCUAGAUGUAACCAGUAUGACACAGCUGGGAACCUGACACAUGCCUUCCUCUACCCACCUAACCUGAAUGCAACAGUGGACCAGCAGUACGAUGCUCUACUGAUGAGUAAUGUGGUGCCAAUGUAUCCCGAGUUUAAGAAGAUCUGGUACUACUUCCAUAACACCCUAUUAAAGAAAUAUGCCUCUGUCUACAACGGCAUAAAUGUGGUGAUUGGCCCCGUCUUUGAUUACAACUACGACGGCCAUUACGACACUCCAGAGCAGAUCCAGCAGUUUGUGUCUGGCACCAACAUCUCCAUCCCCACACAUUACUUUGCGGUGCUGACCAGCUGCAGGGACUCGGCCCAAUCAGUGACCACCUGCAUGGGCGAGCUGCAGACCGUGUCCUUCCUGCUGCCUCACAGACCCAACAACUCAGAAAGCUGCAAAAGCACAGGAGACGAAUCUUACUGGGUGGAGGAUCACAUGUGGUUCCAUCAAUCACGAGUCAGAGACGUUGAGUGGAUCACGGGACUGGACUUUUACCAAGGCAGCAAUCGACCAAUCCCAGAGCUGCUGAGGGUGAAGACCCGUCCCACAGCUGCCAUUCACAGGAAACGUUGAAAG